GUAUGGUUCCUACAUCAGGAAGUGUGCGACAUGUGGAUCUCCGUCGAUGUCCUCUGUUGCACAGCCUCAAUCCUUCACCUCGUCGCUAUCGCCAUGGACAGAUACUGGGCAGUCACCAGUAUCGACUACAUCCGCCGACGCAGCGCUCGCCGCAUCCUGCUCAUGAUAGUGGUUGUGUGGAUUGUUGCCCUCUUCAUAUCCAUCCCCCCUCUCUUCGGCUGGCGUGACCCUAACAAUAAUGCUGAUUUGACCGGAAAAUGCAUCAUCUCCCAAGACAAAGGCUACACGAUUUUCUCCACUGUGGGAGCCUUUUACCUCCCUAUGCUUGUUAUGAUGAUUAUAUAUACAAGAAUAUACCAGGUGGCCAGGUCCCGCAUACGUAAAGACAAGUUCCAACAAAUCAAAGCCAAGCUAAGGACGGAGGAAACAUCGUUGGGGACUACACCGAAAUCUGAAUACACCAUGAUUACUGACUGCAACGGUUGUAGCACGCCAGACUUAAAUCCAGAAAAGAAAAAGCGCAGAGCCCCGUUUAAGAGCUACGGGUGCUCGCCAAGACCCGAACGGAAGAAAAACAGAAAUACAAAAGUGCCUGGCGAUACUAACGGGCUCAACAGUCCAACUAUACAAAAACUUCGACAGCUUCAGGUCGACCCAGACCUUUACACCAAUGGUUGCAGCGACGAUGCUAGCUUUGUACUACCAGAAACAGAGUGCACCAAUGGAAACAGAGUGUGCACUAUCGAAAAUGCACCUUACUCUAAGAGUCGUGAAAAACUAGAACUUAAACGGGAACGCAAAGCUGCCCGCACACUGGCAAUUAUCACUGGCGCCUUCCUUAUCUGCUGGUUACCCUUCUUCAUUAUCGCCGUCAUCGGUCCUUUCGUCAACCCGGAAAGUAUUCCCGAUUUCGCUCGCAGUUUUGUUUUGUGGCUGGGCUACUUUAAUAGUCUGCUGAAUCCAAUCAUUUAUACAAUCUUUAGUCCAGAGUUCCGAAGUGCUUUCCAGAAAAUUCUGUUCGGAAAAUAUAGACGUGGUCACCGAUGA